UUAUAAAUGAGUGCAAGUGUUGCUGAUAAUGCUUCAGAAAGAGAUAUGAUUGAUUUUUCAGAGGACGACCAUUUGAGUUUCUUUUACAAUAUUGAACAAGUAAAGUCAUUAACAAUACAUAGAUAUAUAAUGAAUUACCAGGAGUUAUAUCUAAUUAUGGAACCUUUGCAUAAUCCUUAUAGAUUUGCAGAUAAUUAAGUAAUUAGAUAGUUAAGAAUUCAAUUGCAGAAGCAUAAGAGAGAGUAUAUAACACAUUUAACAUAAAUUAGUUUAUAUUAAGAAAUAUUCCUAUUAAUGCAAUAAAUGAAUUCUGUUCACAAACGAAUUUACUUUUGAAUAGCAAUUUGAAUGAUGGAGGCAUUGAAGUUGAAAGUUGCGAAUUAGAAGAAGAUUAGGAACCAGUAAUAAACAAAGAUUAAUUUAGGAACCAAUCUUUAGUGAUAGAUGGAGAAGAAAUAGAGUUUUAAUGAUGGCAGGUAAAUUUAUAAUUUAGAUAUCUUUUUAAUAGAAGUAGAGACUAAAGUUGAAAUAGAUGACAAAUAAAAUAAUGAUAAUAAUAAAAUAGUUUCAAAAUCAAGAUUAUAUGAUGUUAGAAAAAAUACAGUUAGACUUCCAACAACACCUCCUCCACCAAAUUAGUUUGAGGCAAAAUUAAUAUAAAUUUAUUAAGAAGAAUUUGAGGAUGAGUUUGAAGAUAAAUUAAGAAAUGCCAAAUUAUAUGAAAUGAAAAAGAAGAAUGAAAUUGAAUAAAAAAAGAAAGAAGAUAAAUUAUAAAGUCAAGUAGAAUAAUUUAAAUAAUAAAAUAGAUAGAGAAAAAGGAUGGUGGUACUUAAAAAUAUACUUAUGAUUUUGAUGGUAAGAUCAUAUUAGGUAGAGCUAUAAAAAUGGAUAAACUAUAGCCUACUAAUUAAAAAUUGAAAGUAGAGUUCAAAGACUAAACUAAAUAAGAUUAAUAAUAACCUAAUGUUAAGAAAGGUGGAAAAAGAGAUUCUACUAAAGUAAUGAAACCAUUAUGUCCAGAAUAGGAAAUACCUAAUAGAGUAUUUUAUUAACAUAUAAGGUUAUAUAAGAAAGGAGGGAUGCUUCAAAAGAAGUUAUGGGAGACAAAGCUUUAAGAAUGGAUAAAACUUCUUAAUUUCCUUAUGAAGUAUUUACAAUGAAUAAUGGAGUUAAAUUAUAUUUUGAACAAAAAAUGAAGGAAGGUGUAAGACAUUAAAUUAGCGAUUCAGCCGAAAAUUUAUAAAUUAAAUUAUCUGCUUCUAAUUUAUUAGCAGGUGAUGAUGCAUCAAAAUUUGCAUCUUAAAUUCGAUUAACAAAAGCUGAAUAUUAAUUAAUUACAGAUGCAUAAACACUACAAUAAACAAGAUAGUAAUUUAUGCCAUCUGAAAAUAUUAAUAUUCCUGAACAUGAUUAAUAAGUCACUCAAUAAUCCAUCUUAUUAAAAAAUAAAAAAGUAACUUAAAACAAUAAUCCUAAUAAUAAUAUUGCAGAUUCUAAAUAAGUCUAAUUUAAUGCUGGAAUAUCUUAAUUAAAUCCUUACAAAAGGGAUAGUCCUAUUUAACAGUAAGCCUAGACUGAAAGAAUCUAACUCAAAAAUGUUAAAAUGAUAGAAAAUCUUUUAGUUACAGGAGUACCUGAUACUCCUAAAUCAUCUAAACCUGAUUAACCUCCAUUAUCUUUACCAGAUAACACAUCUACGUACAUUCUUAAAUUAAUUAAGUAAUCCUAUUGAUCUCUUUAAUUAAUAAUUAUUAACUUAAAAAGAAUGGGGAAAGUAAGCUGGAGGUAAAACAUCAUAUUUCCCCCCUGUCAAAUAGUAGAAAAGGGUAUUAGAAACUAAGGCAUACAAAGGCUCUUUAGAACAAAUGUAAUUAAAAUCGGAAUGAAAUAGGUACAAAAUGCCAAGGGAAAGAUUAGUUGCUUAAACUGGAAGAACUGCUAUGAACUUUUAUAAUUAAAAUUCUGAUGGUAAAUAUUUUAAUUUAUGUAUAUUUUAGGAACAAAGAAAAUUGCCAAAUCUGUAAGCGAUGGAUUUAUGUAAACAUUUUAUACAACUCAUACCAAAUUCAGUGAAAAACUUAGAUAAUGA